CCCAAUAAGAGAGUAAUUCGCCAACAACCUUGAGCAGUCGGAUCCCGUUCCACUGCAUUUCCUGCUGGAGAAUGGUGGGAGGAGGGGAAAUGUGGAUGGUGCAGAUUCAGACGGUGGAUCUGCUUUGGCUGAGAAUGUUGGGGGAGAUGGAGAUGGCGCUGCGGUAGUAGGGUCUCGCCGGAAACAUGCUGAUUCUCCGACGAGGUCAGCACAGUCGAGUGAUAGGGUGAAUCCGGAGGCGCCUGGCUGGACAAAACGGCUUCGCCUUGGCAGUGCGACGCCGGACAGGGUCCCAUGCCCAUCCCGGAUGAGUGUACUCGAGCUUUUGAUGCGCAAGUAUCCAGAGCAGCCUGACAAAAGUGUCGUGCGACCAGAGCUAGGCCUUAGCUUCGACUCUUUUGGCAAGGCAUACGAUUUCUACAAUCUGUAUUCGUGGAAGGUCGGAUUUGGAAUAAGAUACGGCAAGAGCCUUCUAAAUGCUGAAAGAACGAAGUGCAUGCAAGAAAUCGUAUGUGGUUCUCGGAGAAACCAGAGGUUGAGAACAGCAGGUCAUGUAGAUGCGAAUGCCCGGCGCUGAUCAGACUUCUACGUGCAUCGGAUAACAGCUGGUACAUUACAGAACACCGCGAGAGCCACAACCACUCGAUGUCGCUGACAAUGGGAGAGAAGGUGCACUGGCCGUCACACAAACAUAUCGAUGUGUACACAAAGGACUUGAUUAGGCAGCUGAGGGAAAAUAAUGUGAAUCCGGGAAAGGUCUAUAGUAUAAUUGACAGCUUCUUUGUCUCAGUUGAGAAGGUGCCCUUCAUGAAAAGGACUCUGAGGAAUAUAUGUGGCAAAAUUAGCCGUGAGCAGGCCGAUGAUGAUGUGUGGAAGACACUGGAAGUGUUUGCUGACAUCCGUUCGAGCGACCCUGGCUUCACGUAUGUGGUGUUGGCAGACAAGUCCAGCAAGGUGAAAAAUCUGAUGUGGGCUAAUGGGAGCAGCCGAAUGCAGUAUAAGUUCUUUGGUGAUGUGGUCACAUUCGACACAACCUACAGGACAAACCUGUAUGACAUGCCAUUUGGUCUAUUCAUGGGAGUUAACAAUCACUAUCAAAGUAUAAUAUUUGCGGGGGUGUUGAUGCGGGAUGAGCAAGAAGAAAGCUUUGAGUGGGUGUUUGCUGAAUUUAUACGUCUGAUGGGCGGGCCUGCACCAACGACCAUAUUGACAGAGCAAUGCAGAGCCAUGGAAUUGGCGAUAAGGAAGACAUAUCCAGGGACUGUACAAAGGUGGUGCAAAUGGCAUAUCCUAAAAAAGGCGAAAGAAACACUGGGUCCGCUUUCCACGAAGAAGAGCGAUUUCCAGGGAGAAUUCCACAAGGUUGUGAACCACAUGUUUAACUGAAGAAGAGUUUGAAGCAGCUUGGGGGCAGCUGCUGGAUAAGUAUAACCUCAGGAGUCACGCAUACAUGACUAAGAUUUAUGAAACUAGGAGAAAAUGGGUGAAUCCUUACUUCUGGGGUGUGUUUUGUGCAAAAAUGACAAGCACACAGCGGAGUGAAAGCGCAAACCACAUGUUGAAAACUUGUAUGCCCCCAGCAAGCCCAAUGCAUGUUUUUGUGAGGCAGUACAUGCGGUUGCAGUUCGACCGCGAACGUGACGAGAGCUAUGAAGAGAAGAGGACCAUGAUUGGUGGUCUUGUGAGACGUACGAACCUUGCCAUAGAACGUCAUGCCAGCGGAAUAUAUACUAGGAGUAUGUUUGAGGAAUUUGGGUGCCUUCUAGUUGAAGGAACAGCCUACAAUGUAACUGAAGUUGAGAGGCUACGGAAGUACAAGACCACUCACAACAAUGCAGGAAAAAGGGAGAAGUGGAGCAGAGUUGAGUAUGAGGUUACCAUAAACGAAGACAAGUCAAUAUUUACAUGUGAAUGUGGCCAAUUCGAGCACACUGGGAUGUUGGGCUGCCACGCGUUGAGGAUGAUGGAGAUCCUGCAUCUUGAGGAGAUACCCCAGCAUCACAUUGUUAAGCGAUGGACAAGAGACGCAAGGGAUAUAUUGCCGGAGCAUUUGGUCCAGUACCAAAAAAGAUAACUCAGUUAACUUAUCAUUCACAUGUAGGCAUGCAACACUGUACUUGAAAGCCAUGGAAGUCGCGCGGAUGGGCGAUGCAAGUGCUGCAUGUUAUGAGCAUAUGCAUGCAGGCCUGGAAGCUCUCCUGGUGAGUGGGGCACCGUUGGCAGCUAGUGGGAAUGGUCUGGCAUUUGAGGAUAGAUUCAUCGAAAGAGCUGAAGCAAGGAGCAAUGGGAAUAUGGAAAAUGCGGCUGCUAUGAGUGUUGCACGGCAAUGUCAUAGUGCUGGGCGUUCUG